CUCCACUUCUCUCCAACCUAACUGUUCUUGUAGUAAAAGAACUUUUGUUUAUCAACAAAAUUAAAUUAACUAUCAUAGUACCAUUCUCGUAUAAAUGUUUCUAUUCAAUUGCUAUUACCUGCGAAGUUUAUGAACGGAUUUCUGAUUUUAAUAUACUUACUAUAAUAAUAUUAUUGUCACAAUGUCCAGAGGACCAAAACGAAACGUUGCAUUCAUCAAACCGGAAGAACCGGACUUUCUGAAACGGAUGAAAGCGCAAAUUGGCUACAAGGAAGGACCAACUGUAGAUGAAAAGCGCCGCAAAAUUGAAAAUUUCGAGGAUUCCGACGAUGACGAUCGGGAGGAGCGAGAAGACGAGAAGCCCCAAGUUGUGGUUCUCAAGACGGGGGAUCUCACCGCCGAGGAAGCAGUCGCUGCAAAGAAAGAGGAAGAUGAAAAACCAGCGGAUCUCAACCAGAAGAUUGUAUUCAAAUCGAGAAAACCCAAAACAGGAGGCAGCGUGGACGACAUACAGGUGUUGGACCGGAAAGCCAAAAAGAAGAAGGAAAAAGAAGCCAAGAAUAAAUUGUCUUUCGGAGAUGACGAAGACGAGCAAGACGAAUAGGUAAGUUUGGUAUUUAAUUUAGAUUAAAAUCUAGUAAGAUUAAUAAUAGAGUAGCAGCUUAUUUAAAAUAUUGUUUAAAUGUU